UCAGUACAUGGUUAGCUUGUGCUCCGUGAAAAUCGAAGCCAAAUGAUAAAAAAUAAACAGGGAUAAAAUGGACAAACCAGAGGAAAAUAGUGAUGACGAAAUAGGGUUACGAACGCCUCGAUUUUUGCGAAGAAAUUCUAGAAUCAGCCAGAGAAGCCCAGCCACCCCAUCUGUUUGUGCAAGUCCAAUUGUACUUGGACCCCUUUCACAAGACGUACUUCAAGUUUGGAGACAGCUUCCUGAGGCUAUUCGAUUAGACCCAAGUUUGGGUGUGUUUAAACAAGAAUACGAAAGAAUCCAGGGAGUUAAUAGAACAAGAUGUUCAAUAAGUGGACCAUCUGGAGAAUGUUUGGUCCUAAAUGUGUCCUUGGGUCCCCCAUUUGGAGACGGUAUACACAAAGAAAGCUUUGAAGAAGAAGGGACUCACGAUCAUGAAACAAAGCAAAGUGCACUCUAUCGAUAUUUAAAAUUAGUGAUACUCAUUUGCUUUUGGUUGAUAUUUACUGUAGUUUUGAUGAUGAACGAAGAGAGAGUAGAAAUAAUGCAUCAAGUUUCAGUGCCACCUGAUCGUGUCCGAAAUUACAUCAUUUUUGAACGACCUGUAACUGACAGGAUUGGUGUUGUUGUUGAGAGUUCACUUUUACCGCAUAUUCAUUCGAAUACAACUCUAAAUUUCACAUCAAAUUCUUUGACAGUGUGGCUGGAAUCAUGGACUAUUAACGACUGGGACGGAAUUUUGCCCUCUUACAAAGAUGCUCAACUCGUCGAGAUAAUAGGUGAACCAUGGGUACUACCGUUACUACCUCCAGAUUUAAUCGACUUUUUACCCGAUCAGAGGCGAGAGCAUACUUUUGUGGUGGAAAAUAUAACUGAAAGAUACUCUGCGAAUGUGAUAUCUGUGAAUAUGAGAACAAAUUUAUCUAUCACUUUGCCAGUUUCGCUCGCUUACGAUUUGUCUGCCAUUAAUACUGACUAUGGAAUUGUGUAUGCGGCUGUGAUAUUGCUGGGUCUUUAUAUUCUGAUUAUAUUCGAGAUAGUUCAUAGAGCAAUAGCAGCUAUGUUGGCCUCCACAAUGUCAUUAGCAGUACUAGCGGCUAUGAAUGAGAGACCAACAAUGGGUGAAGUUAUUUCUUGGAUCGAUGUUGACUCUCUCCUCUUAUUGUUUUCAAUGAUGAUUGUAGUAGCCAUUUUCGCAUCAACUGGUAUAUUUGAUUACUUGGCUGUGUAUGCCUAUAAGAUAACUAGUGGUCGCGUUUGGCCUUUAGUUAAUACCCUUUGCUUUUUUACUGCAUUCAUCUCCACCGUUUUGGACAAUGUAACAACAGUCCUAUUGAUGACACCUGUAACAAUUAGACUCUGUGAGGUCAUGGAACUCAAUCCAGUGCCUAUUUUAACAGCAAUGGUGGUUUAUUCAAAUAUUGGUGGAGCCAUCACCCCAGUUGGUGACCCACCAAAUGUCAUAAUUGCUUCCAAUAAAGAUGUUCAAAAGGCGGGAAUUGAAUUCAGUACUUUCGUCGCACAUAUGGGAGUCGGCGUGCUUGUGGUUAUUCUAGUCGUGUAUGCCCAACUGCGUUUCCUCUUCCGUGACGUUGCUUGUUUCAAAUUCAAGGAACCUGUAGACGUUCAGGAAUUGAGGCACGAAAUAGCAGUUUGGCAGAGAGCAGCAGCAAGUCUCUCAUGUUACAGCCAGGACGAGAAUGUGGUGAGACAGACGUUGAUGAGAAAAAUCAAACGUCUUUUAUAUCGACUGAAACUCAAGUUGAAUACUGGUAGCGUACAAUUAGAAACUUACAAAACAACUUUGGAAGAGCUUCAAGAGAAGUAUCCAAUUCGAGACAAGGUUUUACUUGUAAAAUCAGGAUUUGCCUUAACCUUCAUCAUCGUCUUGUUUUUUAUGCAUAGUUUGCCAAAUAUGAAUUUAUCAUUAGGGUGGAUAGCACUGAUUGGUGUGUUGUUAUUACUGGUUUUGGCUGAUUCAGAAGAUCUCGAGGGGCUCAUGGCACGAGUCGAAUGGAGCACAUUGCUAUUUUUUGCUUCAUUAUUUGUACUUAUGGAAGCCCUUUCUAGAAUGGGGCUUCUAGCCUGGAUAGGAAAGCAGACCGAAAUAGUAAUUCUUUCUGUGAAUGAAGAGUCCAGAUUAGCAGUAGCCAUACUUUUGAUCCUUUGGGUGUCUGCAAUUGCAAGUGCAUUUAUAGAUAAUGUUCCCUUGUGCACUAUGAUGGUCAGGAUUGCAACGAAUCUGUCUAAUAAUCAUGAACUCAGAUUGCCUCUUCCACCCUUAGUUUGGGCUUUGGCAUUCGGAGCUUGCAUGGGAGGUAACGGCACUUUGAUUGGAGCAACUGCAAAUGUUGUAUGUGCAGGAGUGGCAGAACAGCAUGGUUACAAAUUGGGCUUUAUGCAGUUUUUCAGAGUGGGGUUUCCCGUAAUGUUAAGCAGUACAACAACGAUAACUAUAUAUCUAAUGUUAGCCCAUGUAGUUUUUCAAUGGCACGACCCUGUUUAGCGAAUGCUUUUUAUU